GUUUAUGCAACCGAGAACGCACGUCGAUUGUUUGACAUUUAUUUAAAUUUUGGCGGUAAUGUCAAGCAUUUUCCAAAAAAAUAAUGUUUGGUGAUAAUUGUGGCGACGAUAUUCAAAACGUUGUUUUAGAUAUUGAAGAAGAUGUGUGCCGUCAAACUUCGGACACUGAAGGCGAAAUGUUGCCUUUGGAUCAAAUUGAGGAUAAUAACGUUAAUAUCACUGAUUUGGACACAUUAUCCGUGUCUGAUUUUCUAAAUGAUUUGGACUCCCAAAGUUCGCACAACACUUCACCAGUCAAUGUUGAUUCAGACGAAAUUGACGAAGACAUCGAGAGCCAAAAUAAAAGGGAAAUUGCAUUAGCUGCAGUUUUGGAAAACUUGCACAUAUCCUCCCAGGAGCCUUGGCCCAAAGACGUCAAACUCUUCCAACCCUACGAAAUCGAGCAAAUUCUAUUGCCCGACAAUGCCAACUGUUUGGCAGUGCAAGCUUUCCUCAAAAUGUGCAAUUUGGAGUUUCAAGUGGAGCCACGAGCAAAUGCCGAAGCCAUGUCCCCCUCAGGCAAAGUCCCCUUCAUCAAAGCUGGGGCCUUUGUCGUAUCUGAACUCGAACCGAUCGUACAGUUUGUUAACAAUAAGGGAAUCACCCUAACUGAUAAACUUGACCCCGAAAUGAAAUCUGACAUGAGGGCCUACAUGAGUUUGGUCCACAACGUUAUGGAAGUUGCAGAAUUGUACAUUUGUUGGUGUGACAAAGAGACUUAUAAUGAAGUCACUAGUGUGCGAUAUGGGUCCAUUUAUCCAUGGCCUUUAAACCAUAUUCAAAAUAGGGUUAAGAGGGCACAAGUCAUAAAAAAAUUGAAGGUUUUGGGGUGGUAUCAAAAAACAAUGUCGGAGGUGUUCCAAGAGGUGGAGAAUUGUUGUCAGGCUCUCACUGACAGGCUUGAGGACAAAGAUUUUUUCUUUGGUGACAAACCAACAGAGCUUGAUGCUUUAGUGUUUGGUCACCUUUUUACCAUUUUGACGACUCCCUUGCCAAACAGCCACAUUGCAAACAUCGUCAGAAAUUAUCCAAUUCUUAUAAAUUUAAUCCAAAGGAUUGAAAGGGACUACUUUAAACGAGAGACGAAACACUAGUCGUGUAAAUAAAAGACAACAGUUUAUUACUUUUAUAUUUAUUUCCUGUUAAAUUGAGAUAAAUGUAGAUUAAAGCACCUUUCAGUUAAUAA